GACCCCGCCCCCUCUUGGCGUCACACGUCUUUCAAGUGACGUCAAAUUGUCUGCAGGUGUUGGAAAAGGCGCAGUAUUGGCGUAAGUGACGCUUAAAACGGCUUUUACGAUGGCUUCAGCUACAGAUAAUCGUUAUGGACAAAAGGAGUCUUCCGACCAGAACUUUGAUUACAUGUUCAAAAUCCUGAUCAUCGGGAACAGCAGCGUUGGGAAGACGAGCUUUCUGUUUCGUUAUGCUGAUGACUCCUUCACCCCAGCAUUUGUAAGCACGGUGGGCAUCGACUUCAAGGUGAAGACCAUCUACAGGAAUGACAAGAGGAUAAAGCUGCAGAUCUGGGACACAGCAGGACAGGAACGUUACAGAACCAUCACCACUGCCUACUACCGCGGAGCCAUGGGCUUCAUCCUCAUGUACGACAUAACCAACGAGGAGUCUUUCGCCGCAGUGCAAGACUGGUCCACACAGAUUAAGACAUACUCAUGGGAUAACGCUCAGGUGCUUCUAGUGGGCAACAAGUGUGACAUGGAGGAUGAGAGGGUGGUGGCCUCUGAGAGGGGCCGACAGCUGUCCGAGCAUCUCGGUUUUGAGUAUUUUGAGGCCAGUGCCAAGGACAACAUUAAUGUUAAACAAACCUUCGAGCGGCUGGUAGACAUAAUCUGCGAGAAGAUGUCAGAGAGCCUGGAUGCUGCUGAUCCUGCAGUGACGGGAGCCAAACAGGGGCCGCAGCUCACAGAGCAACCCGCUGCCCCGCACCAGGACUGCGCCUGCUGAAAACCCCACGGCUCUUUCUGCACUGCCUUGCACCAACACACACACAGAAAAAAACAAGUUUAGGUAUUUCAAAAGAUCAAGAAACAUAAAACCUUCAGUUCCCCUUACUGCCUCCUCUGGCCACACCCUCUCCUCUCUGAUGUCUCACUUUAACACCUCAAGCUUUGACAUGGUUUUAUUCAACCUGCAAUCCAUUACAUUUUAAAAGGAAAGCCAUAGCACCCUUUACAAAUUCGAUUAGGCUUGAUUAAGCCUGUGUUAUGUUUUAAAGACUUAAUGAAGUUCCAAUUUUAGGGGUGUGUUAUUAGGAC